AUGACUAUGUCUUCGGAUUACAAGGGCUGCGAGGUUAAGUUUGUGAAGGUUGAUGCUCAAUUUUCUCUAAUGGAGGGAGUCAUCCUGACAGCUAUUGGUCGUUUACUCAGGAAAGACAACGUCAAAAGGAUUAUCACCCAAACGUUUUUUCUUGCCAAGCAAGAGAACGGAUGUUUUGUGUUGAAUGAUAACUUGUGCAAAAUAGAUGCACAAGAGAUUUUGAAUGUCUUUUUUGGUUAUGAUGACGGUAUUUUGUUCCCUCAUGAAUUAGUUAAGGAAGCCGCAAUAUCCGUUGAAACUACGGACAAUGUCGAGAAAACCCUAGAAAUCGCUGAUAGUGUUGCAGAAACCCUAGAAGUCCAAAGUGCCGAUAUUCCAAAAGAGCCAAACACCUCUAAUGAUACUGAGAAAGUUGAGGGCCAGAAGAUGUUCUGUGCAUCCAUGUUGAUAAAAGAGAAAAAACCUACAUCUUCUGCGCAUAAUCAUCCUCAUAAAAUAUAG